AGCAUGGAAGAUGAAAACGAAACUCCUGAAGAGGUGCAGGAUAACAAGGAGGAUGUUGAAGAGACUCCAGGAGAUGAAGAAACCUCUGAUCCUCAGGAUGAUGCCCAGGAAGGUGAGGAUAACCCCGAUGGAGAGGAGAAUCUCGAUGAAGAAGAGAAUCCCGACGGAGAAGAGAAUCCUGAUGAAGAAGUAGACCCUGAAGCAGGGGAGGAAGUGGCUGAAGACGAAGAACCUGUUGAUGAUGUGGUUGAUGUAGAGCUAGGUAUCAGAGAGGAAGGUGGAGAACCUGAUCCUGGUUCUGAGCUCCAGACUAAGCAAGUGGCCUGGGACGAAUCAGUUCCCUCUGAUCAGAGACCCGACCCUGGUAAGGGGCAGGAUAAGGCUCUGCUGAGGAAAAUGUUAUCUGGUAUGUGGGCCAGCAAGGAGAUGUUAAACGAGACUACGGAUAAGCAGGUUGUCAUGAAAACAACCCUUAGAGAGCUCAUCAUCUACUGCAUGUUCUUGUUCGUGAUCGUGUACAUGACGUUCAGCCAGUACUCCAAGGACUACUUCUAUCUCCGGGACAGGAUUGCAACACUGUUUCAGGCCGAUAUGGAUAAAUUAACAGAGGUCCGUGGGUUCUGGGACUUUGCGGAGGGGAAACUUCUGGAUGGAUUGUACUGGGAGACCUUGUACAAUAAUGGCCGACCAACGACAAGGUUUAUUUGUCCGGGAUCUAGAAGUUUAGCUAGAGGACCCUGUCCUGUCCCACCAACAGACAGGAACGUGAUGUAUGAGAACCGAAUGUUGGGAGUUCCAAGGAUUAGACAACUCCGAACCGCAAACAACUCCUGUCCUAUACUACCAGAUUUUAGUAAAGCUAUUAAACGAUGCCAUGCUCCAUACUCAAUGGCUUACGAAGAUACAUCAGAGCUGAGGUUUCCUCAGCCUCAGUUCAGAAAGUACACAUCUGAAGAUGCCUGGAGGUAUCAGGAUGCUGUAGCUACUCAAUCCUCAUCAACUACCGGAACGCUGUCCACCUAUGGGGGAGGAGGGAAUGUGCAGAACCUUCAUUUCCAGAAGAACGAAUCUGCGGCUAUACUGGCAGAACUCAAACAGAACCUUUGGAUAGAUCAAGGCACAAGGUUUGUUGCAAUUGAUUUCACAGUUUACAACGGAAAUAUAAACUUGUUUGCAGUUUGUAAACUCUUCUUUGAGUUCCCUGCAACAGGUGGUUUACUACCAACUGUAGAUAUCCAGAUCGUAAACCUUCUCAAGUAUAACGAAGGAACUGAUUAUGUACUGAUGGGAGUAGAGGUUCUAUUCGCAGCGUUCAUCAUCUACUAUCUCAUAGAGGAAGGUUUAGAGGUUAAAGCUCAUGGAAUAGCUUACUUCAUGAAUGUAGGUAAUAUUCUGGAUAUUGUUGUGCUUGGAGUUUCUGUCACCCAAAUCCUUCUCAACUUUAUUAACUUUGUGAUGGUUCAGCAGGUUCUAGACACCCUGCUCCAGCUCCCUUACGAGUAUGCAGACUUCUCCCAGCUGAGUAACCAAGUGAAGGCUCUGACCUACCUCUCCGGGUUCAACGUGUUCGUCGCCUGGAUCAAGGUUUUCAAGUAUCUCUCAUUCAACAAGACAAUGAAUCAGCUCUCUGGGACCUUGUCCGCCUGCUCCAAGGAUCUCUCCGGGUUUACCGUCAUGUUCUUCAUCAUUUUCUUCUCCUUCGCAGAGCUGGGUUACUUACUGUUUGGAACUCAGGUUGUGGAUUUCAGAGAUCUGACGAACGCCUGUUUCACCCUUUUCAGAACCAUUCUUGGAGAUUUUAACUUUGUAGUGAUAGAACAGGCAGACUGGAUCUUUGGACCGCUCUACUUCUUGUCCUACAUCUUCUUUGUCUUCUUCGUUUUGCUCAACGUGUUCCUUGCCAUCAUCAACGACACCUACGGGGAGGUGAAGGCGGAUAUUAAGAGCCGUAAACCUGCUUUCCAGAUGGGAGAUUUCUUUAUGGUUGGGAUGAAUAAUAUGAAGAACAAGGCCGGGAUACGGGACCGAAAGUUAGAUGUUGAGAACGCUGUAAAGAGAGCUGCCGAGGAUGACGGGUUUGUUACAUAUCAGGAGCUCAGGGAGAACCUGAAGCACAGUAACUUCUCCGACCUUGAGGUUGAUCUGUUCUUUGAUAUAUUCAAGGAGGAUCCUCAGAUGGCAGGAAUUCUUAUUGAUGAGGAUGAGAAGCGCGAGCAGGAGCUUGAGGAGGAACGUAUUCUUAAGCUAGAAGGACUACUGGAUGAUGAGGAUGAACAGGACGGAGAUAAUCAGAACUCACGUCCUAUGUCAGGAAAACAUGCUCGACAGAGUAGAUCUGCAAGGAUUAAGGCAGCAAAGUUUGGAGAAGAGCCAUUACCUGCUAACAGGUUCUAUGAGCUUCAGGAGAGAAUGGCAAGAAUGGAGGCGACUGUUGGACCAAUCAUGAUCAACCUGGAUACUCUACUAGAAAGGUUGGAUGAUAUGAAAAAGUCUGAGAUGAGGAAGAGGAGAAACUAAAUCUCGGAGUAUCUAUAUUCGUCCUUACUCAGGCCAUGGAAUAUAAAUACAGAGAUGUAAUUUGAUUAGAUGCAUUUUUUGUAACUAAUCUACUAAAAAACAAGAAAAAAUUUAGUUAUGCAUAUCUACACGUUUUCUGUAUCUUGUUGUAUAAAAAAGAAAAAAAAUUGAUUAAAAUAUUUGUUCUUAAAGGGCCAGGAUUUAAAAUAGAAAUAGUUUAAGGGUUUUCAAGAAGCGUUAUAGAGUUUAAAAAAAGAUUUCCUUUAAAUUCUAAGAGAAUAAAAAAGAACGAGGUUAACUAUGCCUGCAAUGGUUUUAAAAAGGAUUUAUUGAUAAAACUUGUUUCUGGAGGUUUAGUUUGAAUAUCGAACAAAUGCAGGAUUGAAAAGGUUCCUUGAGGAAGUAAAAAAUGUAAACAUAGAAAAUAGAAGUUUAAUGAGUUCAAAUAGCAAUGAAGGAAAAACGUGGUAAUGGGUUAAGGCGUAUCUUGUGUCUCAUGUCCUAGUUGAAAUAUAUCAAAUAUUUAUUUUAUUUUAUUAAUUAUGUAAUGUAUCAAAAUCAUGUGAUUAACUCUAAAUUUAGAAUCGAGUAACAUUUGCUUCUUUAUUUUAUUUUUAAUUAUUUUAAAAAAUGUAAUAUGUUUGUUGACUACUAACCCCUUUUUCAUGGGAUAGUUAUAUCUGAAAUAAAUAUCUUUCCUGAG